CUGAAAAAAGUGCUGUUGACUGGCAAAUCUUUUCACCUUAAGAAAAGCAGCUAUGUACACAUAAUAAUAGGCCACAACGUUACACUAUACAAGUAAAGCUUAUAUUAUUCAAUGCUCAUGUGGCAGUGUUUGACUCGUGCUUAUUUAACUGAUUGUUCAACUCGCCAUUUCAUUCCCUUAAAUAGUCCAACAGAAAAUAAUUUUUUAGUCAGAAUAUAUUUUGAACUCUUCGCAAAUUCAAUCAAUUACAGGCCCAUCAAAAGUUAAUAACUAAAUGCGUGCAAUCGUAUUUGGUGGCACCGGUGCUGUGGGGACUGCAAUAAUCCGGGCGUUAGACGACGCCAAGGCCUACACUCAUGCAACGCUCGUGGUUAGAAGAAGACUCCAGCUGGAACUGCUCAACCCUUCCAAAUUUGAGACCCACAUUAUUAAUUUCGAACGAAUUCAAGACUUUAGGCACGUAAUCGAGCAACGGUUUGAUACCGCUUUCUACGCAAUCGGGGUCAGUUCAAGGAAAGUUGACGCAAAAUACUAUCAUCAAGUUGAGGUUGAACUGUCAUCCGAAAUUCUGGACAUGUUAUCAAACGGCGGAACAACACCUUCGGUGCAUUUAAUUUCAUGCAUGUUUGUCCAUAAGAACUCGUGGUUGAUCCAUAAAAGGAUGAAGUACGAGACUGAGGAAUACCUGGAAAAGAAGGGAUUUGAUUGCACGUUCAUCUACAAAAUGGGUGGUGUGAUUGCGCCCGGAUAUCGAGGGAUGAUGCACCCAGUUCAACAACGAUUUGCAAAGUAUUUUGAUUUUUGGCGUCUUCUAAAUAUCGAUGCGGAUGUUGUGGGAAGAGCGGUGGUUGUAAAUUCAUUACUUCCAAGACGAAAGGGAAACUAUGAGCUGUGUCACUCGGAAAUUAAAAUGCUUGGAAAUAACGUGUGA